ACACAGUGGCAGAAUGUUUUACUCGUUCAAUUUGAAGUGACAUCAGUACACGCACUCAGGAAGUAACGUGGUGGAAAUCACAAGAAAUCGAAGGAAAUAAUAAUCUCGAGAGGUUCAAUCAAACGAAGUGCCUGCUCUUGCUGUGUAAAAACAACGAACAAAGAUGGGCCUCAUCCAGAUUUCUCUUCUGAUUGUGAUCUUCGCCGUGAAUCUACAAAAUGGAUCUGCUGAGCACUGCGUGCAGUGCGUUCACCUAGACUUCUUUCCACAUGCUCCUCGUCGAUUCCCAAAUAUGUACAAGAACAUACACUGCAAGAACUAUCACCCAUGGGUCUUGAAGGAAAACAGUGACGACUGCCCAGAUGACAACAAAGACUACGUGUGCGGGACCGUCAAGGGAAAUUACACAUUUGAUUCCCUAUCAGUGGGUGAGAUCACUGUAGAUGCCAUCGUACGUCGUUGCGUGGUCCCACCUCAGGGUUUGACUGAUCUUGACUCAGGCAAGAGUGUUUGUCUGAAGGGAAACACCCUUGAUAAGGCAACUAAUGACAUCCAGCUGGUUGGAGCAACCCCGGAUUUCGGUGAUAUGACUAAAUUCGAUGGACAGGUGUGCUACUGCCGUGGAAAUAAGUGCAAUGCAGCUAACUCUCUUGGAAACAACGCAGUGCUGGUGAGCAUUCUCGCAGCAACGCUCGCUGCCUUGAGCAUGUAAACUGAAGCGGAGGCUCUGAUUGGCGAUACCUGAGCUUUGUAUUAAUUAAGAGCCUCUCAUUUGCUAGUUAAAUUUGAAUAAAAUCUGGUACAUUGAGUUAUCUGAUUGCACAUAAACACAACAAUUUGAAUUCCCCAGACUA